AUCUUUAUUUACCGCUGGGCUUCAAACUGCUCUAUCCACUCUUUUCCAUGAGUGCUAGACUGCAAUGUACUUAAGUUUACCACACCCUAGAUGUGGUAUCUAGAGCUGGGCUUGGCAAACUAAGGCCCUUGAGCCAAGUCUGGCCCAGCUCAUUUAUGUGUUUUCUAAGGUGGCACUACAAUGGUAGAGUUGAGUAGUUGCAAGAGAAACCUCGUGGCCUGCAAAACCAUAAAUAUUUACUAUCUGAUCCUUUACAGAUAACUUUUGCUGACCCCUGAUCUAAAGCCAGGUGGUUCCCCUGGCCAUGUCUUUGCUUGUUCUUUGAUAAUUCCUCAUUCUCGUGCUGCCAGUCGAUAAACCCCUAAAAUCCCAGUUCACUGAAACUAUGAAAUAUGUUCCAAUCCAUUGAAACUACUUCUAAUUAAUUUGCCUGUUUCCUCUUUGUCAUCUUCCUAAAAUGUCCUUUCUCUGUGUUUUACUUUUUAGUGGAAGAGAUGCUAUAUUCAUAAAGACUGUUAGUCUUAUGUCUUUUGAUGUCACAUCAGGUCCUAGUAUGAAAUUAUUUUUCAAUAUGACCUUCCAGUAUCUCUAAGAUUAAAAAGGACUAAGAUUAGUCCUUUUAGUUUUUCAGUGUCUCUAAUAUCAAGUCUUCUGAGCUGCGUGUCUUCUAAUAUCUCCAGUUGCCAGAUCUUGUAGAUCUUCUGCAUGUUACAGUUUCCAUGUUUUCUACUCUCUGGCCUGCAGUAUCUUCACUGCCAAUGUUUUCUAAUCUCCUUAAUAUCAGGGUCUUCUAAUAUCUCCAAAAAUUAAUCUUCUAAUUCUACGUCUUGCCUUUCAGGGUCCAGAGUUCUAAAUGCCAUUUUUUCCUAUGUUCUCAAUCCAUCAAUGCCUCCUAAACAGGUAUUCUAGAGUCCAUGUAUUUCAUUGUGUACAAAAGUCUAGCUCUUCUAAUAUCUUACAGCACAUAGAUAGUUCAGUUCCUGCAAUUUAUAGUAUCUCUUAAAUCCUGAUUUUACAAUGUUUUGUCAUCACAAGUUCCUCUAAUGCCCAAGUCUUUCAAUAUCUCCAAGAACCUGGUCUUCUAACAUUCAGGUGUUCCAACAUCCUCAGUGUUUGAAUAGCUCAGUCUCUUAAUAUCUUAAUCUUUUAAUGUCCAAGUGUCCUAAUGUCCAGGGCUGCCAACAUCCUUGAUUUAUAGCAUCAUGAAAACUACAUCUUCCAAAUUCUAUGUCCUUUAACAUAAAUAUGUCAAUAUCCAGGUUUUCCAGAGCCUCCCAAUAUCCAGGCCUUCUGAUUUUAAGAUUUCUAAAUGUCUAGGUCUUCUAUUGUCCAUAUCUUCCAAUGUUUAGGGCUUCCAAGGUAAAGGACUUGCAGUGUCUUUAGUUUUCAGGGCUUCCAGUAUCCAUUAACUCUAACACUCAGGGCCUCCAAAGUCUCCAAUGUCCAGAAUAACAAAUGUCCUCAAAAUCUAAGACUUCCAAUGUCUCCAACAUCCUGUGCUUCCAAUGUCUCCAAUGUCCAGGGUUUCCAGUGGCGCCAGUGUCAAGGUCUUCCAGCGACUCUAGAUCUUCCAGCAACUCCAAGUCUUCCAACUAAUUCCAAGUCUUCCAGCAACAUCAAGGUCUUCCAGCUAAAGCAGUCUUCCAGAAAAUCCAUGACUUCCAGUCAAUCCAUGUCUUCCAGUAAAUCGAGUCUUCCAGCAAAUAUAGGUCUUCCAAAAAAUCCAUAUCUUCCAGGAAAAUCCAUGUCUUCCAACAAUUUCAAGGUCUUCCAGCCAACUCAUGUCUUCCAGAAAAUCUUUGUCUUCCACCAAAUCCAAGUCUUCCAGCAAAUUUAUGUCUUCCAGAAAAAUGCAAGUCUUCCAGUCAAUCCAUGUCUUCCAGAAAGAAAUCCAGGUCUUCCUUUCAGUCCAUGUCUUCCAGAAAUAUCUACGUCUUCCAUCAAAUCCAGAUCUUCCAGAAAAAUACAAGUCUUCCAGCCAAUCCAUGUCUUCCAUCAAAUUCAGUCUUCCAGUCAAUCCACGUCUUCCAGACAAAAUCUAUGUCUUCCACUAAAUCCAGGUCUUCCAGCAAAGCCACGUCUUCCAGAAAAUUCAUGUCUUCCUAUAACUUCCAGGUCUUCCAGCAAAUCUACGUCUUCCAAAUAAUCCAGGUCUUCCGGACAAUUCGGGUCUUCCUGAAAAUCCAUGUCUUCCAGAAAAGCCAUGUCUUCCAGGAAAUCCAUGUCUUCCAUCAAAUCCAUGGCUUCCAGAAAAUCAGUGUCUUCCAGGAAAUCCAUGUCUUCCAGCAAAUAUUUGUCUUCCAACAAAACUGUGUCUUCCAUUAAAUUCAUGUCUUCCAGCCUAUCCAUCUCUUCCAGAAAAUCCUCGUCUUCCAAUGAAGGUGCACCUUCCAGGAAAUCAACGUCUUCCAGAAAAUCUUCGUCUUCCGAUGAAGGUGCGCCUUCCAGGAAAUCCACGUCUUCCAGAAAAUCUUCGUCUUCCGAUGAAGGUGCGCCUGCCAGGAAAUCCACGUCUUCCAGAAAAUCUUCGUCUUCCGAUGAAGGUGCGCCUUCCAGGAAAUCCACGUCUUCCAGAAAAUCUUCGUCUUCCGAUGAAGGUGCGCCUUCCAGGAAAUCCACGUCUUCCAGAAAAUCCUCGUCUUCCGAUGAAGGUGCGCCUUCCAGGAAAUCCACGUCUUCCAGAAAAUCCUCGUCUUCCAAUGAAGGUGCGCCUUCCAGGAAAUCCACGUCUUCCAGAAAAUCCUCGUCUUCCAAUGAAGGUGCGCCUUCCAGGAAAUCCAUGUCUUCCAGAAAAUCCCUGUCUUCCAAUGAAGGUGCGCCUUCCAGGAAAUCCUUGUCUUCCAACAAAGCCACGUCUUCCAGGAAAUCCUUGUCUUCCAACGAAGGUGUGUCUUCCAGAAAAUCCUCGUCUUCCUACACCUCCAGGUCUUCCAGCAUCUCCAGGGCUUCCAGCAUCUGCUCGUCUUCCAGCAUCUCUGUGUCUUCCAGCAUCUCCACGUCUUCCAACAUCUCCACGUCUUCCAACAUCUUUACGUCUUCCAGCAUCUCUACGUCUUCCAGCAUCUCCACGUCUUCCAGCAUCUGCAUGUCUUCCAAACAACUACUCAGUCUUCCAAAAGCAGGCUCAAUAUCUACGUCUUCCAACGUCUCUGGUGUACCGGUCUUCUAACAUUCAGGUCUUCCAGUGUCUACGAUAUCCAGAUGAGGAAACUGGCACACAGAGGUGAAGGACAUAACUCUUCAGGAAAGUAUGUAUAGACCGAUAGAAUAUACACUGAAGUAUUAGUAGAGAAAGUCCCUAAAGGAAACUGAAUACAUUGUGCUGUGUUUACACAAUGGAAUAUUAUACAGCAGAGAAAUGAGUGGACAAUAGAUAAACAUAUUAUA